UUUGUCAAUAUUUGGAGGUUAGGUACCUUUGUUUACGUUCUGUGUUUAUAUUCCCGCCUCUUCCGUUUUUAAUAUAAUUGAUAUUCCGAACAUCCAGUGAUUAUAUAUUAUCACACUAGUUAGUCAGAGCAAAUCAACAAAUAAAUAUCGGUUGCCUCAAAAUGGGUAAAAAGUCAACUACCUCGGUAAAUAAAAGCAAAGAAAAGCGACAAGCUAGAAAAUUAGAACAGCAUCGUAUAGCCGAUGGAAUGUCCUUCGUAACAGCAGCUAACAAGCUGAAAGACUUGGCUCCUCUGUGCAAGGAACUGUUAGUGUACAGUAAUUUGGAAAUUGUGAUUGAUAUGAGCAUACACAGAGUCACAGAACUUGAUAAAGAAGUGCUGUACUGGGCUAUUGAUCUUACAGAAAGGAAUAUGAAAAAAUUAUAUGAAACCUGUGUCUGGGGUUGGAACAAGGAGCGCAAAGUGGAAGAGAUGUCAGAUGAUGCAGCCUGGUACCUCAUCGCCAGAGAUAACAACAAAAAACUGCAGGCAUUCUCACAUUUCAGAUUUGAUAUGGACUUCGGAGAACCUGUACUUUACUGUUACGAGGUUCAAAUAGAAGAGGGUGAGAGGCGAAGAGGGCUCGGCCAGCAUCUAAUGCGGGUGCUCGAAAGACUGGCGCAGGCGACGCACAUGCGUUGCGUGCGUCUCACCGCGCUAACGCACAACCCGUCGGCUGCCGCCUUCUUCAAGGCUUGCGGGUACAGCAUAGACGAGACCAGUCCGUCCAAAGAAGAUAGUGCGCACUAUGAAAUUCUAAGCAAAGCCACAGACAACACGGAAGAGUGCGUCGCCUAGAUAUUGUCCCGGAUCUACGAUUAUUUCGAGCCGGGACCAAACUUGACAUUACCGCCUCUCUCCAGCGUUGAAUAAUCAUUCACUCACUAAAUAAAUAUACUGGGAGGAUUUUUAUAUUUUUAUAGAGGGGAUUCCCCUGGAAAAUGUGUCACACACUCUGGAAAUAAAAUUCAAAAUGUUGAUUCAAAUUUGGUUUCCAAAAUCAAGUAAAAAUAUUAAAAAACA